GGACGUUCUACUAACGGGCGGCGAAUGACCACCGAGCCAAAGAAGCCGACGCGGUUGGCGCUGUCGCUCGCCGAGAAGAAGCGGAUCUGCGAGAUCUACCAGCUCCAGGACAAGUGGACGCACCAGCAGAUCGCCGAUGAGUACAACCGAACGCUUGAGGACCCGGACGCCCGGCGCGUCGCCCGGCUCAAUGUGACCAAGACGCUCAAGGACAAGGACAAGUGGCUCGCGAUGGACCCAUCGCUGCUUAGCCGGAAGCGCGUGCGUGGCGGCAAGUUCGAAGCGCUCGAGCAUGGCCUCAGCCUACUGCUGCAGCAGGUGCGCGCCCAAGGCGGCCGGCUCUCGGACGCGAUCUUGACCACGCACGCCGAGCGUCUCCGCGAAGAGUACAACAUCAAGGAGGAGGACUUCAAGAUCUCGAACGGGUGGGUCCAGAACUUCAAGCGGCGCCACAACAUUCGCAUGACCGCCAGCAGCGAUGCGCCGUCGAUGCCGACGCCGACGAAAGCGCUGCCACGCCCGUCGGACCUCGACACGGACAACUGGGCCGAGCUUAUCCAGAAGCUCAUUUUGGACAAUAGCAACAAACCCGACGACAUCUUUCACUUUGACGAAGUCCAGCUCUGCUUUGGCGGCUCGUCGUCAUCGGCGACAACGAGUGGCCAUCGCCUCGUGGUUGGCCUCAUGACCAACAUGGUCGGGAGCGAGAACACGGCGAUGGCCUGCAUUCGCAAGAGCACCGAGGCCGCGCAGUUCAGCGACAUGAUGAACGCGUCCGAGUACGUCCACGUCGACGUGUUGCCGCGCGCGAGCAUGGGCAAAGAGCUCUUCUCCAAGUACAUGCUGCACUUCAACGCCAAGAUGGCGCAAUUGGCGCGCCACGCCAUCUGCUUCGUCGACCAGACGCCGAGCCACUGCUUGAACGGCCGCCCGACCGCCGCGUCGCAGCUGCAAGCGACGCGGAUCCAGCUGUCGCACACGACGGUGUUUUUCCUGCCGCGCAAAUGCCCGUCGCCCAUCAACAUGGGUGUCGGCCGGCUCUUCCAGCUCCAGUACAAGCUCGCCCACCUGAAAUGGCAGCUCUCUUCCGUCAUGGAGGCCCACGACGCGGACGGUAUGCUGUCCGAGAGCCUCGUCCACCCCACGAUUGCGCCGGAGCAAGUCCUCCUCUGCCAUUGGCGCAAAGCCGGGUGGGUGCCGUCCAUCUGGAUCGAGGAAGGCCACGACGUCGACGCGGUCCUCGCGGAGAACACGCGCCAGCAGAUCCAGAGCGAGUGGCGCGCGCUGCAUGUGAUGAUCUACGGGAAGGAGCCGCCGGAAGCGACGCCGAUGCACGACGAGCCGCUCGCAACGCCAGACGACGACGAAAACGAGCCGCCUGUGCCCACCGUUCUCCACGACGACGUCAUGCCUGCGAUCACCAACAGCAGCGUCGCGCAGUCCGCCGUGACGCAGCUCUCGCUCUUCCUCCAGGCGCAGCCCGAGAUGUUUACCGUCGACGACCUCAACGUGCUCCAGAGCAUCUCCAACCGCUUGGUCAAAGACGACGCCGCGCUGCCGUUCCGCAUGUAA